ACAGAAACGGGCGCAGCAGCGGGAUUUGAGGAUCUUCUGUACGUGAACAAACAAACAGUUAACAGGAUUGUCAGGAAGAUGUCGAAACGAAAGCAGUUUCUGGAUUCUGUCCAUCACGAGCACGUCCAGGACUUUCUGAACUUCAUCAAAUUACAUAAGGAUGGAGCGGAUCCGUUUGACCUGGCGGAAAUUUUGGCGGAGCUGCAGAAGAGUCAGAGGCAGGAUCUGUGGGACAGACAGCUGAAGUUACUGCAACACAGCCUCACUCUUUCCCCUUCAGAGCGCUGGAUCACUGGAGCUGAGGAGGAUGCAGGAGACAUGGAGCUGGAGGUUUCUGAGGAACAGAUACAAACCAUGGCUGUAAUAGAAGGCGUCACUAUUGUUUCUACAGUCUCUGUAGAUGCUUUGCAGGAAAAUGACAAUUAUACCACUCUUCUCAAUUGUGCCCAGAUACUGAACUCUAUAGAGAGCGCUUUGCCACUAUCACAAACUCCCCUUCAGCAGGCUAUUCACUGGCUGUUUGAAUGCUGGUGGAGGCGGGAUUUGCAAGGCAAGGAUGAGCUUGGCUGGACUGCUUUUCUUGUUUGUUUGGAGAACACUGUUACACUUGAUAAACCGGUCAGCGAGCUCAGAAGGCUCUGUAGUCUACGCGAGGUGCUUCUCAGUGUCGACUUUGCAUCUGAAAAAGGUCAGCAGGUCAUCGACCCUCUUCUCCAGUGCUUCUUCAGGGCCUCUCAUGUCAAACAGGAAGAGGGGAAACGCUUCCUUGCCUUCCUUUUUUCUUGGAAUGACAACUUCAUUCGGAUGAUUCAUGAAACUAUUAAGAAUCAGCUGCAGUUUUUCCCAAAAGCUCUAUCUGUUCACGUGGCUGAGAUUUACUUCAGAGCAUGGAGGAAGGCAUCAGGCCCUUUUCUGGAGGAGAUUGAGUCUGCCUGCAUCCAGGACUUGAUGCAACAUGCUCUGUUGCUGCACAGAAACUCUCCUGUCCACAGCAAAGUCAGACAGAUCCUUACUUAUUUCCACAAGCAGAAGUUUCGCGAAGGAGUCGAUGAGAUGCUGCACAGGCUCUACAAGCCAGUUCUGUGGAAGGCAUUAAAGGCCACCAAUGCUGAGGUUCGUGCCAAUGCCACGCUGCUCUUUACUGAGGCUUUUCCCAUCCAUGACCCCAACAUGAGCAGUGAGAUGGUGGACCAGGCUGUUCAGAAACAACUCGAUCUACUGUUUGCUCUUCUUGAUGACCCUCAGCCCCUGGUGCGCUCCUCUGCAGUGCUGGGUGUGUGUUCAGUGCUGGCUCGCUGCUGGGAGGUCAUUCCAUCUGCUGUCAUCACUGACCUGCUGGAGAAGCUGAUCCUGCAGCUGGCUAAUGACACCAGCUCUCCAGAUGUCCGCUGCUCUGUCUUCAUGUGUAUGUCUAUAAUUUUGGAUAACAGUUUAAGUCAUCCACUCAUGGAAAAACUGUUGCCUGCAUUGAAGAGCAGUCUCCAUGACAGCUCUGAAAAGGUGCGUGUUGCCUUUGUGGGCAUGCUCCUCAAGAUAAAGGCUGCUCGCGCUGCCAAGUUUUGGAAAGUUUGCUCCCUGGAGCAUCUUCUGGCUCGAUUAGAGAUGGACUCUGCUCCUGUGUCCAAACGCAUUGUCAAUCUCCUGUUUAACUCAUUCUUUCCAGUCAACCAACCAGAGACUGUCUGGUGUGAGCGAUGUGUCACCCUGAUUCAGACAAAUCCCGGAGCAGCUCGCAAGUUUUACCAGCAUGCUUAUCUGUACACGGCUCCUGCUAAUAUAGUCAAAUUGAUGCUGGUGAUCAGAAAGUGUCUGAAUGUGUGCAUUCAGAAUGCAGGAGAUGAAGAAUUUGCAUCUAGCAAUAAAGAAAACAGCACGCUGCUGGAGGAUGUUCUCUCCGUUCAGGACACCUCCUCCAUGGCCAGCCUCCUGGAGAUCCUCGUCAUUCUGUGGAAGAGUGUUCAGAAAUCUCUUAUGGCUAAUCAAGAGGCCUUUAAAUACACCACGGCAAAGUUCGCAUCUUCUCUGCCCCAGUAUCUUAAAAUCUUUCAGGAGGAGCGAUGUAAAGCACCUCUCAUUCUUCUAGCAUCUCUACUUCCUGCCUCUGCUCUUCCAGCUCUGAGGAGUAAAGUGAUGUCUCAGUUGAGGAGUUUGAAAGCGGGUGCCGCUGUGACAGCUUACAGUCAGACAUUGGAGUGUCUCUGUAGCUGGGGGCAGAUCAGCCAUAUAGUGGAGCUUAUCGAGAACUGGCUCAUGGAGGCCGCACCUGUGAAAGAGCAGGGUGAUGAAGAAUCAACCGGCAAAGUGCAUUUUGAUAUCCUGGAGGAUUCAAAGCCAGAUCUAGGCCUAGACUAUCUGGAUUACAUGCUCUUGCGGCCUAAAACACGAGAAUGUCUGCUCACACUGCCCCUGGAUCAGAUCAGACCACUCCAUAAAGCCCUCAACAAAUGGAAGUCGCUGCUGUUCUCCUCUUUGAACGGAUCAGAGGUCAGCAUGGCAGCCAUUGAGACAGCACUGAGAGCUUUUAUCUUCCACGGCAGACUCUGUAUACAUCUUCAACACAAAUUUCCAGAGGUGCGGGAGUUCCUCAAAUCCCUGGAGCAUUCGGUGUCCUGGGUUGAAAAGCGAGUCCUUCCUUUCCUGGUCAACUCUAGCAGUGAGCAACAACUGUCCUUAAGCACAAAGAUUGUAGAGAGCUGUGUAACAGUGUGCAAGAAUGUGCUGCGGGUUUCUGUUGGAGACAGUGAUUUUAGAGACCACUUACUGCAGCAUGUUGCCUCAGUACUGCAGACAGAGAAAGGAUACAUAUGCAUCCCUCAUUUGCUUGCUCUGCUUACUGAGAUUGCACAUGGCUGCCUUUCCCAAAAGGCUGAGGGACAGGAAGAGCAACUGUCCCUCACUAUCCGCAUUCUCACCAACAUCUUCCAGAAAGUUGUGGAGAUAUUAGCACAUCGACUGCGGAAAGACAAGGAAGAGGGUCAAGAGCUGUGUUGCUCUUCUGAGGAAGCUCUUCAUGACUUCCUGCUGGUGACUAAGUUCACAACUGAGAGGUCGGAGUUCAUGACAGGAGUUUUCUCAUCGCUCUGUGCCGCCGUUAUUAUUGAUAUCAGCCGCCCCCUGCAGAAGAUUUCUCAUGUGGAAGAGCUGUUGAUGCCAGAGACGGUCAAUGACCUUCCACCUCUUUCCAGCACCAUACUCAAAGUGACGCUCAGAUCUCCUGCUGUUACCAGGUUUUUUCUGUCUGAAUUGAGUUCCUCUAUAGAGUCGGAGGCCAUUGAUAGUAUCACGCAAUGGGCUGCACUUACACACAUUCUGACCAUCAUCAAAGAAUCUGAUGCCUUUAUUGUGGAGUUGAAAGACAUUGCCGGGUCUGUACGCAGACAAAUUCAGAACUACUACAACAGUAUUUCGGAAAACUCUGAUGAUAUACAGAGGACCAUCUACGAAUCCACUGUCAAAAUGCUGAAUGACGUCCUAAUUUCAUGCCAACAACCAAACAAUUAAACGGGCAAGCUGAUGACAGUAACUUGUGUGUACUCUCACAAAAUCAUUUCUCUUUUUGUUUUCAUAGCUUAUUAAAACUCUUGCAUAUUUUAUGUUCCCCCCUUCCCUCUCUCUCCUCUCUCAUUUGAAUGAACUUUAUGCAAAACAUCAUCUUGAAACAUCAUUUCAUUUUCUUUUGUGUGGUUUCGAAUGUAAAAGUUCUUGCAUUCCAGGUGACUACAUCAAUUUUCACAAAAGUACAUUUUUUGAGACGCAUCUCUGAAUCUGGUAUGUCUUAAGAUGAUAUUUUAAGCUUUGUUUUCUCACUAUGGUGUCUUUGAAAUACAUUUGAAUUAAAUUUGAAAUACAUCCUACCAAUUUAUUUUAUCUACUUUAUAUGUGGAUACAACAAUUAUUAAUUGUGAUGUGUUACAAGAGAAUAUACUUCUUUAUUCCUUAUAAAACAAUAGUAAUGUACAGGCAAGUAAAUACUAAAUGUACUGUAUUUUCCCAAUUUAGGUAUGUACUGUAGAGCAUCACAAUCAAUCAUUGUGUGAAAUAAAGAAAAAGUAUGAUAU